CGCACUCGGUGGGCGUCACGUGACGGACUCAGUUUUCCUCCAAUCGCUGUGCACGUUGUGGAGAUUCCACCCAGGACCAGGUCAGAGGCUUAAAACACCCAGUUCUCCCGCCAACCAGACGGGACAGCUAUCCGUUUGCAGCUGGGUCGCGGCAUCUCCCAAAGGUCUUCUUCUAAAGGGGCUUCGGUGGACCGCGGCCUGCGGCGUGCUCGGUCCCGGAAGUGACGUCUCCCAGAGGGGCCGGAAGUGGCAGUGGAGGGAGGGAAGAUGGCGGAGGUGGUGAGUCCGGUGCCCGGGGCGGGGCGGAGGGAGCCAGGGGAGGUGGGUAGAGCCCGAGGCCCCCCAGUAGCCGACCCUGGCGCCGCGCUGUCUCCCCAGGGGGAGAUAAUCGAGGGCUGCCGCCUGCCCGUGCUGCGGCGGAACCAGGACAACGAAGAUGAGUGGCCCCUGGCCGAGAUCCUGAGCGUGAAGGACAUCAGUGGCCGGAAGCUUUUCUACGUUCAUUACAUUGACUUCAACAAACGCCUGGAUGAAUGGGUGACCCACGAGCGGCUGGACCUAAAGAAGAUCCAGUUCCCCAAGAAAGAGGCCAAGACUCCAACCAAGAACGGACUUCCUGGGUCCCGCCCCGGCUCUCCGGAGAGAGAGGUGAGGAAGACCCUGGACCUAUCUCUACAGCCGGCCUCCGCCCAGGCCAGCGGGAAGACCUUGCCAAUCCCGGUCCAGAUCACACUCCGCUUCAACCUGCCCAAGGAGCGGGAGGCCAUUCCCGGUGGCGAGCCUGACCAGCCGCUCUCCUCCAGCUCCUGCCUGCAGCCCAACCACCGCUCAACGAAACGGAAGGUGGAGGUGGUUUCACCAGCAACUCCGGUGCCCAGCGAGACAGCCCCGGCCUCAGUUUUUCCCCAGAAUGGAUCCGCCCGUAGGGCAGUGGCAGCUCAGCCAGGACGGAAGCGAAAAUCAAAUUGCUUGGGCACCGAUGAGGACUCCCAGGAUAGCUCAGAUGGAAUACCAUCAGCACCACGCAUGACCGGCAGCCUGGUGUCUGACCGGAGCCACGACGACAUUGUCACCCGGAUGAAGAACAUUGAGUGCAUCGAGCUGGGCCGGCACCGCCUCAAGCCGUGGUACUUCUCCCCGUACCCACAGGAGCUCACUACAUUGCCCGUCCUCUACCUGUGCGAGUUCUGCCUCAAGUAUGGCCGUAGCCUCAAGUGUCUUCAGCGUCACUUGACUAAGUGCGACCUGCGACAUCCCCCAGGCAACGAGAUUUACCGCAAGGGAACCAUCUCUUUUUUUGAGAUAGAUGGACGUAAGAACAAGAGUUACUCCCAGAAUUUGUGUCUUUUGGCCAAGUGUUUCCUCGACCACAAGACCUUAUACUAUGACACAGAUCCCUUCCUCUUCUACGUCAUGACUGAGUAUGACUGCAAGGGCUUCCACAUUGUGGGUUACUUCUCCAAGGAGAAGGAAUCAACAGAAGACUACAAUGUGGCCUGUAUCCUAACCCUGCCUCCCUACCAGCGCCGGGGCUACGGCAAGCUGCUGAUUGAGUUCAGCUAUGAACUCUCCAAAGUGGAAGGGAAAACAGGGACCCCCGAGAAGCCCCUCUCAGACCUUGGCCUCCUAUCCUAUCGAAGCUACUGGUCCCAGACCAUCCUGGAGAUCCUGAUGGGGCUGAAGUCUGAGAGCGGGGAGAGGCCACAGAUUACCAUCAACGAGAUCAGUGAAAUCACCAGUAUCAAGAAGGAGGAUGUCAUCUCCACCCUGCAAUACCUCAACCUCAUUAACUACUACAAGGGCCAGUAUAUCCUCACACUGUCAGAGGACAUCGUGGAUGGGCACGAGCGGGCCAUGCUCAAGCGGCUCCUUCGGAUCGACUCCAAGUGUCUGCACUUCACUCCCAAGGACUGGAGCAAGAGGGGAAAGUGGUGACCUGGCACUGCCCACAGCAGUGACAAGACAGCUGGCAGGACUAGGGCUGAUGGGCCAUGGGUUGCCCCACCUGGGGCUCCUGAGAGGCACACGGAGGAAGAUGGGGCUGAGGACAGCUCUGAAAUAAGGGGACAGUCCUGGCAGGGUCCUGGUGAUGCCCAGCACCACGGUGAGCUCAGGGCUCAGGCCAACUCCAGGGUCAGCUGGCUGUAGGCCCAGGCCUGCUCUGAACCAGGGACCAGAGGGAGCCAGGCAGCUGUGUACAGUGAGGUGGGGGGGGUGGGGAUACUCUGUACAGAAGGCUGGUGAUUGUAAAAAUUUCUUUUGUAAAGUAGGAGUUUGGGGUGGGGUGGGUACUGGCUGCAAAAUUCUGGCCUCUCUUACCCCAUUACCCCUGGCAAUAAAAUGUUUCUACAGGCCA